AGCCCCGCUCCCCCCGCCCUCCUCCUCCAGCUAUUUGCCAGCCAGCUCCGUCUACAGGCAGCCAGCCGCUCACCGUCCUGCUGCUGCGCGGAGUCCCGUGUUCUCGCUCCGAGCCCCCGCGUCGUUUUCACUGCUUCUGUGAGGAUCUCCCAAGCACCGGCUAACGAGUUCGCUCGUGUCAAUUAUUUUGGGGGGGACAUUUGGCUUUGACUUUGCGAGAUUUUGUUCUCCAAUUGCCCUUCAAGACAUGGAGAAAAUGGCCAGACCUCUUCCUAUAAACGCAACUUUCCUGCCGCCGACUCAUGGCGUACUGAAAUCCUUGCUGGAAAAUCCUCUAAAGCUGCCUUUCCAUCACGAUGAAGGAUUUGGAAAGGACCAGGAGAAAGAGAAGAAGCUGGACGAUGAGACCAGCACAGCCAACCACCCGCAGUCGGCCUUCCUCGGCCCGACCCUGUGGGACAAGACGCUGCCGUACGAUGGGGACAAUUUCCAGCUGGAGUACAUGGACCUGGAGGAGUUCCUGUCGGAGAACGGCAUCCCCGCCAUCACAGCCCAGGGCGAGCAGGCCCUGCAGGCAGCACAGAACGCUCAGGCAUCCCCGCCUGCACCACCCGCCACACCUUCACCCACCGUGGUGGACCUCAGCAGCCGCGCCACCACCUCGGUUCACACAGCCAUGGCUCCACAGACCUGCCUCCGCAGCCCCAGCACAGCAGCCCGGGACACCCCCAGCCCCAUCGACCCAGAGUCCAUCCAGGUGCCAAUCUCCUACGAACCGGACCCCCAGGACCUGGCUCUGUCCAGCGUGCCCGGACAGGAAAUGUUCGACCCCAGGAAACGCAAAUUCUCCGCCGAGGAGCUGAAGCCGCAGCCAAUGAUCAAGAAAGCCCGCAAGGUGUUCAUCCCAGAGGAUCUGAAGGAUGACAGGUACUGGGCGCGGCGCAGAAAGAACAACGUGGCCGCCAAGAGGUCCCGGGACGCGCGGCGGCUGAAGGAGAACCAAAUCGCCAUCCGGGCCAGCUUUCUGGAGAAGGAAAACGCCGCUCUGCGCUGCGAGGUGGCAGAGAUCAGGAAGGAGCUGGGCCGCUGCAAGAACAUUGUGGCGAAAUACGAGGCCCGACAUGGGCCCCUGUGAGGCACCCAAAAAAAAAACAAACACCCAAUCCCCACCCGUUCACCUCCUCAAACCCACCUUUCCUCAAGUUUAAAGGACAACGUGUCUCUUUCGGUGGCACUGCCCCCCCGCCCUCCUGCUCCUCCUCCACCCACAAACCUCCCCCAACACACACCUGUAUGAUUCUGGUAUUAUAACUGACUUCUAUCAUAAGCUUUGUUCCUUCUUUUAGUUUCCGUGCACAUCGUUCCACUUAAUAUAUAGAUGCAUAAUUACACACACAUACUUCCUGUUUUAUGUACUGAGCUAUGAGCCAACCCACCAGCUGAGUCCCCCCCCCCCCUGCUACCUUUUUGAGAGUCGAUGCCAUGCUGUUCGUCGCUCACUUUCAUACCAAUUUUAUACAUGAGAUUGGGGACUGAAAACUGUUCUCUUUCCCUUCUGCUUCUUCUUCUGUGGUAUAACAUGUGACGUGUCCGAGAGCCUGCUCGGACCCAACAGAAUAUCGUGUUUUUAAUGUUAUUUUCCCGUCAUCUUAUACUUUUUUCGUGCUGAUCAUGUCGUAUUUCAGUUGUCUUACUUCCCUCUUACAGCAUUCUCUGUAUUAUUAACGUUCAGAAAGCACUUCCCAAAAAAAUUCCCGGUGCAUUCGUGGUGUAGAUUUUAUUUUAUUUUUUAUCCUGACACUGAGCAAUAAUUUCUCUCCAGAAGUAAACUGAAAUGACUACCUAACACCUCCCCCCACCCCCCCCCCCGAGAUAACUUUAUAACCUGUGCACUACUGCGUGUCUCACAAUCUGAUUCGGUUCACUCAAAAGAAAUUCCUCCGCUUCAUAUUUAUCAGCAUUAUUUGUUCUCAGAUGGAAGAUUGUUUUUCGGUUAUAUAUAUAGAUAUAUAUAUAUGCAUUCUGUUGAUAUAAUUGUUAGUAUUAAUACUACUGUUGACAUUGUCGUUUAGCUCCUCCUUGUUUCCAGAUUACAGCAUGAUUUUGCUUUCACAGAACGAUAAGCUUUUUUUUUGCAAAGUUGUUUAUUGUUUUUUUCCGCUUCUGCUUAACUUAGCAUGAUUUAAUAUAAGAGUGUGUUUAUUUUUUAGAAAUCAAUACAGAUGUCUCUCAUUGUAGCUCUAUGUUUACCCUCUUUUUUAAAGAUGGCUGUAUGAAUGUAAAAGAUGUUGACAAAAAAAAAAGUUGGAUGGUGUUGUCCAAUACUGUGGUUAACCCGAUCGAUUUGUUUACUGCAGACCAAAAGAUUCACAACAGAGAUGAUAUAUUGGUUACAAGAGAUAAUAUGUUUAUAUGAACCUAUUCUAUAAGUUGUUCUUUUUGUACAGUAUUUUUCCUAUACAUUACUGAACUAUGUAUUUUAAAGGCACAACAGAUCCGGAAUAUUGUUAAAGAAUACAAAUAUAUAGCUAAAAAACAGAUAGUGGUAUUUUGAUAUUCUAUAUUAGCUUAACAUGUGAUAGUUUUACAGAGAUUUGUGGAUAUUCAGCAGCACCCAAACCUCCUGGGCAUUAUUCUUAUCAUCAUCACUACAGAUAUUAUUAUGACAACACUCCUUUUAGGCUCUUAUGUCAUAAAAAAAAUCCCUUAAAACUCUGAGGAAGCAGAUGCAGUCCAGAAGAGAGAAUGUACAGUAGGGCACUUUUAAAAAAUCGACACAAAUCAGACGCGUUUGCUCAGCAUGUUUAGUGUUGUGACAUUCCCCCGACACUUAAGGACUCUUGUUGAAUAUUCUUAAGGCUUUUUUUUCUUUUUUUAAAACUGCGCAGCUUGUGAGUCAUUUCUUUGGGAUCUCAUUUGACGGGUUGAAGUUACUAUGAAGGAAGGGAAGCUGGUUUCUGUCGCUGUUCUGUGUGGGAUUCGGCUGAUGCAGUUGUAGCGUGUACCUGAACCUGAGUGAUGGAUACUGGGAGCUUUCUUUAUUUUUCUUAAAUGAAGGCUUACAGUAGAGUUUCCCUUAAAUGUCUGUUGUGUUGUAUAGUAGAGCUGCAUGCUGCUUUUUGUCAAUCAGUCCAAGACUGGGAUUGAUUUGUGUUUUUCACAGCUGAUAUUGACUUUCCUGAUAGAAUGUAUGGAAGUCCAUUGCUGCCUAUCAUCCAAAUUAAGAUGUUUUCUUUUUCGCUGAAAGAUGAGAAGAUUAGUACCAAAAUGACUGUUUGCGUUGAAUAUGAAUUCACAGUUUGCUGCAGAUUAGCUUAGCUUAGCACAAACUUUAAAAACCGAGGGGAACAGCUCCGCAUAUUUUUUAAAAGACUUACUGCAGAUAAAGAUCUGUUUUGUCCUGACAACAGGACCAUUGAAAUUAAUCAAAUCAUUUGUUAUUUAAUUUACAAAUUUAAGUUGGUCUGCCAAUUUAAAACAAUGUUGAUUUGUUCAUUUGAAUUAAGUUAUUUUUCUAUUUUGUUUCCUAUUUUAUUUUGAGCAGCUAUUAGUUGAGACAAAGAUAAGAUUAUUUUUUUACAUGUACAUUUAGACACAUGUUAAUUACACAAAUGGCAAAUGUAUUUAAUUUAGUUUUUGUUGGUGCAGCUCUGGGCUUCCGUAUAUUUGUUUAGAUAUCUGUAAAUUGUAAAGCAUCAAUAUUUGCUCUAUUUCAGGGUAAAAACUGGAUUUGAAAACAAAACCAUCGAGUCAAUAUCGCUUGGCUGAAUUUUAUCGAUCCAAUCCAAAGGUGUGUGUGUGUGUGUGUGUGUGUGUGUGUGUGUGUGUGUGUGUGUGUGUGUGUGUGUGUGUGUGUGUGUGUGUGUGUGUGUGUGUGUGUGUGUGUGUGUGUGUGUGUGUGUGUGUGUGUGUGUGUGUGUGUGUGUGUGUGUUGUAAAAUGGUUUUCUAACCACAAACUAUCGUCUUCAUAUUUUUGUGCUUUAGAAGGGGUUCCCUUUCCGCAUCUUAUCAGCACAGAGUGUGAACAGGGUUCGUAGAGAGAAAGAGCGAAGACUGGAACGAUGCCUCCUGAAUCUGCGGGGCAUCUUUUUAUGAAAUAAUAUAUAAAUAUAUAUAUAUAUAUUCAUAAAAAGAUAUAUAUAUAGGAAAAAGCCAAUAAUUAAUCCAUGUGUAUCCCAAAAGUACCUCACUGUCGAGUGAUUACACUACCUCACCCGGAAACGUUAACCAUAAUUCUGAGUCUAUUCCAGUGCCUUGAAUACACUGACUGUUUCCCAGUCUCUCAGCAAUGUAAAGUUCGCCAAUCGGAUAGGUUCACAUCUGCACUGAAGGGCUUCUUAGUGCAUCAAAAAUAAAGUAUAUAUAUAUUCUAUACACUGACAACUCUGUUCAUUUCUUAUUUUGGACAUUGCAACAGACUUGUAACCAUUGUAUUCAUGGCAACACCAACGUACUGUUUCAGAGUGUAUAAAAAUACUAACUAAAGUGUUUUGGUCUUGAUUGUCAUGGAAUGGAUGCAUAACUUUUAUUUGUGCUGUUCAGCCUCUCUGUAAUUUGUAGUGUCUAAUAAAAUCCCAAUUCUUUUC